AUGUCUAAACAACAAAGUCAUGCUUUAAGAAAUUUGAAGAAAGACAAAGAUAUUACUAUUGUUCCAGCUGACAAAGGGAGAGCGAUUGUUGUAAUGAAUACUGAUGAUUACGAUAGGAAAAUUUCUGAUUUAUUACUUGAUAAAAAGACUUACUUAAGAAUUACAGAUAGACGUAGAAACCCUACCAGCAAAGUUGAACAAGAUCUUAACAAACUUCUACGAGAUAUUAAGUCGGAAAGGUCGCAUAACGAUAACAAUUUACCACAGAUUAAUGAGAAACUUUAUGACCAUUUACAUUGUUCAAGCGCAUCACCGGCAACGUUUUAUGGUUUACCUAAGAUUCAUAAGCCAGACAUACCGCUUC